UGAUAAAGCCGGAGAACCAUGAGAUGGUUUGAAGCAAACAGUGCUUCCACCUCACCAGCAACCCACACCCAUAGUAUCUGAGUGAUCAGCCUCCUUCUCAAUCUCCUCUCAAUCCACCCCCCCGCCGACAUCCUAUCCUCCAAAAUGCAGUGUACAAGGCCGCUUCUAGCUGGAGGCUUCCUCAAACGAAGUUAUAAUGAAGCUAAACGACUAGGGCAUAUCGCUGUAACAUUCGAAGCCGCUACAGUCCCGAUGCGACCACGACCGCUUGUAUAUUUCGACACGCCUCAAGCACUUACCGAUUGCAAAACGAUGUGCGACUCCGAAAUCGGUGGGUACUCCAAUGUCGACUUCAAAUUCAUUCCCGGUUCUGCCUCCGAACCAGCCCACGCUCGAUUUCGCGGACACAUAUCGACCGAACUGCCGAAGGAGAACUUGUCGGUGAUUAACAGCGGCUACGCGGGAUGGCGGACGACUGAUCCGAAGUGGAACAUGUUCAACAGCGGGAUAUACGACAUCGAUCCGUACCGGUAUAUCGCACUGCGGGUCAAGUCGGAUGGCGGACACUACUUCGUGAACAUACAGACGGAGUCGAUUGUGCCGACAGAUUUACAUCAACACCGGCUCUACGCGCGGAGACCCGGACAGUGGGAGACGAUAUUGAUUAGGACCGGGGAGUUUGUCAGGACAAAUCACGGGGCCAUUAUGGAGCCGCAGUCGGAGAUGAUGAAGGACAGAGUAAGAAGUAUUGGGAUAAGCUCCAUUAAGGUUCCCGGCCCUUUUGAACUAUGUAUCAGCAGGGUUUGGGCGACAAACAUCGCGGAUAGGAAUGCCACCGGAGACGAGGAAAUGGAUGCGAUGAGAAGACGGCAAAAACAGCAAAGACAACCGCCUCAGGACCCUAGCUCGAAACCAAUAAGACUACGCACAUAGCGUACUGUUUAAAGCCAUGGACGAAUG